UCUGCUGUUAGCAGCUCUGUUUGGAUCUGUGGUCCCUUUCCAUUCCAAAGUUCUUUUCCUUCACGUUUGUUUACAUCACUGUUUCCCCCCACUUUCGAUCCGAAACGCAAUGUCCCUAAUCCAGGCGAGUCGGAGGGCGUCACAACUCCUGUGGCACCUCAACCGCCACAUGGGCUCCUCGUCCUCCGCCGCCACGUCGCCACCGGAUGACAUUCAGCUGAAUCCCGUAGAGCUCCUCGGACCGGAAUCGCAGCGUAGGUGCAUGGAGAAGAUGCGCAGCCUGCCGGCAUUCCCACGGCCCAAGUCCUUGACGCCCAGUCGCCGGGAGAAGCAGACCUCCGCGGUCCUUAUCGCCCUCUGUCAGGAUCGGGGCACAAAGGAGAUCUCCCUGCUGUAUACGCGACGAUCGCGGCACCUGCGCAGCCACAGCUUCCAGAUAUCUUUUCCGGGUGGCAGGCGGGAUGAUCAGGACACCAGCUUCGUGGACUGCGCACUGCGGGAGACAGAGGAGGAGAUCGGUCUGCCGCGCCACCGCAUCCAGGUGUGGGGAGAGGCCAGCCAGUUGAAUCUGCCGCGGACUUCGUCCAUUGUGCCGGUGGUGGGCGUGGUGCCCGACUUCAGCAUCUCCGAACUGUGCCUGAACACCGAAGAGGUGGAGGAGGCAUUCAGCGUACCGCUCCAAUCGCUUAUGGUGCCCAAGGCCACCAGGCACACGCAGUUCCGGAGCGGCUACAGCGGACCCGUGUUCGUGGUGGACCACCAUCGCAUCUGGGGCAUCACCGGCUACUUGACGCACCUCUUCCUGCACAGCCUCCUGCCCCCUCGUCAACUGCCCAAUUGCCUGAAGACGAACAUCAAGUUUAUUCGACCCUUUAAGCUGCCACCAAAGCCGCCGCAUCACCGCGAGCAUCACGGCACGGAUCCCUCGAUGCGUACUUAAAGUACCACCGAUCCCCCGACCAUAAUACCACUCAGGCUAGUCCCAAUGUGAUAGUGUGAUUGGGCCAGAUGAACUCUGAAAUUUAUUGCUUUGGUCCAACCAAACAAAAGACUAACAUUGAAUGUGUUCAUCGUAUUAGUAUAUGUAUAUUUUUAUUGUGCAUAACAACCCAAAUCUAUGCAAUAAAACUGUUGACAAUUACUUUAAAACUAAUGGGAAAAAAACUAUAAUUUUUUCGAAAUGGAAAAAGGCUGUUUUGAAAAUGAAAGAGAUGACUAGUUUACGUUUUUAUGCACGGCCAAAAAAAUAUCCUACAGUCAACAAUUUAUUAGGUUCUUCCAUUUAAUUAUUAUAACUUAAGACGUUAAGCUUUGCAAUUGGAUAAUUGUAAGAUUCUUCAUUUUGUAUUUCACAGUUAACUGUUUUUAUCAUAUCCAUGAUUCCUUUAACCCAUAGAUACCACUAUUACGCAUUUAUGUUA